UCGUUCAGCCUACUUCCUGCAGCCCUCUGAACUCGCCUCUCAUCCUCCUUCCUUGUUUACAGAUUAGCAGAGCAAGCUAUUGAAACACCAGGAAAUCUGAAGAUCAGCCACUUGGCUUCCUAAAUUGGAUUGCAUGAACUCAUUGAGCAGUAGGUAAAAAAGAAAAGAAAAAAACAUGGAAGAGAAAGGCUUGAUGUUUCGUGUCUUGACGAAAGGCUGCUAAAACAGGAACUACUUUGCGUGAAAGACAAACUGAACUGUAGAGGCGAUAAAGAAAACCUGAAGUGGACUCCCUGAGUUGUGAAGACAAACAGGAAGUAAGUGAGAGUGCAGGGUAGAAGUGUGAUCGCGGUGUUUCCAGAUUUAAAGCAAUACGAUAAAAGAGCACCUAAAAGCUCAAGCAGCUUUUCCUACUCAUUGACAACUGCAGAAACAUAGAAACAUGGUUGACACAACAAAUGUGACUUCAUCUUCCAACCAGACCUGUGAUGCUGUUAACACUUCAGCCUAUCCUUUCUUUAUGCUGGUCUACACGCUAGUGUUCCUGGUGGGUUUAAUCCUCAAUGGCUUCAUCAUGAAGUUUCACUUUUGUGGAGCACAGCAGCGGACAUCGAGCAGCUUGAAGAUCUACCUGAAAAACCUGACAGCUGCUGACUUCCUGCUCUGCCUCUCUUUGCCACUCCGCAUCACCCACUAUGCAAGCAGCUCUGUCAUCAUUCGGCAGCUCUACUGUAGUUUUGGAGCUUGUGCCAUCUUCCUCAACAUGUACGCCAGCAUCAUAUUCAUGGGCUACAUCGCUGCCAACAGGUAUCUAAAGAUCAUCCAACCUUUAGGAACUCACAUCCUGCAGACAGUAAAAACUUCCUAUGUCAUUUCCAUCAUUACCUGGGUUUUUCUCCUGGUUCCAGCUGUGACAUACACCAUCCUGUUUUUCAUCACCCAGACCCCAGUGACCUCUAACCCCAGCUGCUGUGAUCCCUUCUUUAGCGAAUCGGUCAGGCUGUUCUUCACAAUCAUCCACACUUUAUCUCCCAUUAUCUUCUUGUUGGUCUCCAUAUGUAUGGUCUUCUUCUACUACAGCACCUCCCGCAGGGUGUUGCAGGCACAGCAGAGGCAGCUGGCCUCCUCUGGCUCUGAGAAGCUUGUGAAGUCUCGCAGGAACAUGUUAGUGCUGGUCAGCAUCUUCUGUGUUUGUUUUGUCCCCUAUCACCUGGUUCGUCUUCCCUAUAGUCUUCUGCAGAGCAAUUUCUCUGUUGUCUCAGUCUUGAACUAUAUAAUGGAGGUGACCACCAUGGUGGCAGUUUUCAAUGUCUGCCUGGACCCUGUUGUUUACUUUUUCCUCUGUAAGUCUUUCCGGGCAAAGAUGAGAAAGGUGUCCAUUAUGACCAAUAUCCAACAAGCAACUGAAGAGAGUGAGCUCAGCAAGGAGCAGCAAGGAGCAUUAACCCUGCAGGAGACAGACACAACACUGUGAGCACAGAAGCAGGCAUCAAGCAGCUUUCAACUCUGCACUCAACAGUUCUCUACGUUUCAUAUACUGAUAUAAUCUCAGCAAUUUUAGUAAAGAUUAUUUACUUUUGUUACAUUAAAGAAAGAGGAAUUUGCUGAUCUUGGCCCAUGAGAAGUCCAUAACAAAUAACUUGAUUAUGGAUGAAUCUGUACGAGUUUUUGGAAAGGAAAGCAGAAGACAUCCCAGUGUACUUUAGACCCAGCAACACACUCAGACAGAAACUGGUUCAUCCCGAACACAAAACUCAGUGUAGCGAGGAAUGCCCAGA